GUAUUUACUAUUCUCAGUAUUUGGUUUAUGUUUAUUUCAGUCGCUGAGUAUAGUGGCUGUGGUGAAAGCUUCAUCACAGACGUGUGUUAACUGGCUGUGAGUUAAGAUGGCAGAAGAUGGUGUACGCCACAAGGUUGUGGAUAACGUCGAUGACUGCGUCAAGGCUGUCGAUGACCUCCUCCUGGAGUCUGUCGUUGCUGUGGACUGUGAGGGAAUCGAUCUGGGAAAGAAGGGCCCUCUCACUCUCCUCCAGGUGGCCAAACUAGACGGUUUUGUCUAUUUGUUCAAUGUGUUCGUUGAGCCAAAGGUCUUCACUGAAGGCCGACUGAAGUCGUUUCUGGAAAAUCAAGACAUCGUCAAGGUAUUUCACGCGUGCAACCGAGACAGCGCCGCCCUCAAGUGCCAGUUUGAUGUUAUGCUGAACAAUGUGUUUGACGUGCAGACUGCUCUUUUCAUCAUUGAAAAAUCUGAAGGGAGACAACUCCCAUAUGCCCGGAAGUUGAUGGAUGUCUGCAGCCGCUACACUGACGUAACUUCCCUUGCGGGAAAAGAAGACGUCAUGGCCAAAUUGUACAAAAGUAAUGCUGCUUAUUGGGCAACAAAAGAAUUUACACCGGAAAUGAUCGACUACGCAUGUGCUGAUGUACGGAUUUUGAUACCCGAGGUGUAUGAGAAGCUGAAAAGCAUACUUGACGAUAAGGAUCUCUGGACAGGUUUCAGGGAAAGGGUAGAUUACGAGCUGAACUUUAAGUGGAACGAAGCAGUGAAGUCAAACAGCGACGAACGCAUGUCAGUCGUGAGGAAGGUUCUGCGCCAGUUUGAAUCGAAGUACGCAAGCGAUACCGCUUUUGCUGAUAUUUCGGAUGAAGAUGACAUCCAAGCUCUGAGAUCAGUCCGAAUCACAGAAAUUGACGGGUUCUCUGUUCUUGUCAGGAGGUUGAAAAUUGAAUUUCUGAAGAACGAGCUGAAGAUGAUAGAAGAAGAGAUGACUUCACAAGGGGACUCAUUUUUUGCGACUUUAUCUCACUUGAAUAUGUUAUAUGCAGCAAAGAGAAGCAACAACUUGGAACUGAAGAACGCAGCUCAAAGACUACAGCAAAGAGCUAAUGACAUACUCAAGAAAGACCUGGUCGUCAAAUACACGGAGCUAACUCCAAACGACCAUCUCAAAGAUGAAGAGAGAAGGUUGUUACGAGAUCUCCCUGUCUCAACUGGAACCAGCUCAGCUGUCAACCCCGUCCUCCGCCAUCUUUACAACGUCGUCAUCGACAGCGACGUGGAGGAAAUCGAGACCUUGAGGCAGAAGUUCCAGCGUGAAGGCAGUCGUUUCAGACUAAACGAUGCCGACCUCCGACAGUACAAGUACUUCAUCAGCGCUCCUGGGGUUCCUGCCAGGCUUAAGACAAAGGCCAGGGUAUUUCUGGACGAAUUACAGGAGGCUGGGGUGGUGGAAGAUCCCAGAAGGAGGUCGCGGAAUCAGUUGAGAUAGAUACUGAGUGUCUUUAGAAUCGUCUCUAGGACCUGGAGUCAUAUCUGUUUUCAAAUAUACUCGGUCCAGUAAUGACGAAGCCUCAUUCCACAAAUAAUGUUUCUCAAAAUAUUCCAUUGGUGAAAGUAUUCCAUAAUUGCACUAUGUUAAAAGUGUCUUCACGACCUGGAGCCAAUGUAUGUUUUCACAUAUACUCUUGUUCCUGUAAUGAAUGAAACUGAUGUGUGUUACCAAUUGCAUUUUUAUGUCAAUUCAAAAACUGCGAUAUUUCUGAAUCACACGGAUGUGCUUCAGCCAAGAACCUUUAUAUAUUUUUGUAUUGUGAAGGCAAGCUACAGAACACUGAUGCUGUGAUACACUCCUUUAACAAAUGGUAUUGGAGGUUUUAGUGUUAAAACAUGAGAGCACAUGUUCAAAAUGUAUGUUCAGGGUUCGCUCGGGCUUGAAAAACCCUGAAAUUUGGACAGGUUUUCCCUUAAACGGCUCUAAAUUUGUUUUAGUCUAGAAAGGGCCUUAAUUGCCAGCAAUUUGCCCUAAAAGGCCAUAUUUUAGCAAAACUUAUCAAAUUGUGAUUUAAGGAAACAAAAAUGCAUAGUAAAAUUGCCUUGUAAUGACAGAAGGUGCAGAUUAAUCUCCACCGCAGAACUUUAGCUGAUGGUUGGGCGUUUCUAUAGUUCUUUAAAUUGUUGAUUGGGCCCUGAAACCUCCCUAAAAAGGCCUUAAAUUUGAUGGCUGAUAAUCUGUAUGAACCCUGAUGUAUCAAGGCCAAGUCGUCAAUCAUUCGACACCACUCGCCCCUUUCCGUAACCUGUGGCUUGUCCCGGAACGAGUUGGUCACGAAUGGUCGUCAAUGUGUGGGCCUUAAAUGAUUUCAUCUCAGACAUCUGAUAAUUUUUAUAAUCCUGGUUGGGUCAAUAACAUUUAUUAUUUCAUACUUUGAUUAAUUUAAUGAAAAGUUUGAAAAUGUUGUACUCCAACUCAGUGAUGACGCUGCGUAACUCAACUGCACGGGCUAAUUUGCAUAUCACGUGACCAGACAUUAUCUUGUCUGUAAUUGUCCAAAUUGGUUUGACAGUUAUAGAGACAUAUUCAAAUAACUGCGAUGGUGAGGGGCAUGGAAAUAGGGUUUUUUUUCAUCAAAGUGACUAUCACCAGCUCUCCGUCGCGCUUCCAUGUCAGCACGAGAGGCCAAACAACCAGUGUAAACAAAGGCUAACUAUGCACAGAGAAAAGGUGUUUCACGUUUUAGGAUAUUAUGUCUCCUUAUAUAUUACAUAGGAAAUACUGUUUAUAUAAAUAUGAUAAAUGUUUGUCCCAUCACAAUUCCUUUUCGCUAAUUACUGAAAAUGAUAUUUAGCUUCAUCUAUAGUACUUGCUAUUGUUUAGUGCUAUACGUUUAUAUUUAACUGGAUUUGAUUGUAGGAAGAAUAAUUCCUAGUUUUAAUAUGAUGUAGCUACCUGUAAUUACCGACGUUAAAUGUCAUGUUUGUAUUCUUCAAUAGACAAUUAAUGCAAAAUCUCAAACAGACCAUUUACAUGCAUCUACGACCUACAAUAAACAUGUUUUCUAACCUGUUUGAUUGACCUUUUGGAAUGUUAGAAGUAGAUGAAUAAUAAGAAAUAUACGAUGCUUUAUGGAUGCUAAAGGAGUUGUUAUCCACAAAGCAUCGUACCUUUCUUAUGUGUACUAACAAUGUUGCCUGGGGUCUUAAGCCAAAGGGGGCGGUGGGGUAGCCUAGUGGUCAAAGCGUUCCCUCGUCACGCCGAAGACCCGGGUUCGAUUCCCCACAUGGGUACAAUUUGUGAAGCCCAUUUCUGGUGUCCCCCGCCGUGAUAUUGCUGGAAUAUUGCUAAAAAGCGGCGUAAAACUAAACUCACUCACUCUAAAGCCAAAGAUGCGUAAAAAUGAGUUCAGCUUCCUGAGAAGGUACUACGAUAGUAUUUGAUGAUUUUUCAAAUCUGAUAUUUUUAACCUAAAUAGGAGAGCAUUCUAAUAUUUACUGAAUUUAUAUCAGAAUUUCUGACACUGUUCAUUUAUUUUCUUGCUCCGUCAAUGAAUUCUUCAACCGAAGCCUGUAUUUUUCUUGGCGUUUCCUUUUAUAUUCACAUGUAACGUUUUUUCAGAUGUUAUAGUUAUUUUAAUUUUAGCAUGUAAAACCACGCCUAUGUGCAAACAUUAUUGUAUUGCCAUUGUAUUGUAUCCUUUGGAUUGCUUAAACGGUUACUAUGCUUUCUUGUAUUACGGUAUUCUUGUCAAGAUCGUAGCUCCGUGACAAUGAUAUCACACUAUCGCUUCAAGUAUAUUGUGUCAGCCUAACCGUUUUAAAUUGCUUUCAUUCACUUUAUUUGUCGUACAGUUUUCAUUGGGUUUUUUUUAUAGCAGACAUUUACUAUGCUCACGUUCUAUCUUAUGCCCAUGUCAGCUGUGAUUCUUGGUCAAGGUAAUAUAUUCUUAAUGUGUCUCAUAAAAUGAUAGCUUGUUUCUAAACAUAAGCGUUGAUAGAAGUUAAUAUUUUGUAUAGAUAUAUCUUACAAUGAAGUUAAAUUGCACCUUCUAGGUUUAACUUAAUAUCUUAAUAAACACGUUUGACGGGUUUCUUGUUUUACGUCAGAACGACCUUUC